AUGUCGGGCAACGCCGAGCCUUUCUACGUACGAUAUUACUCAGGGCACUCCGGACGUUUCGGCCAUGAAUUCCUUGAGUUCGAUUUCCGUGUUGUUGGCGAUGGUCGAUCAGCCAUUGCUCGCUAUGCAAACAACUCUAAUUAUCGAAAUGACUCCCUUAUCCGCAAAGAGAUGUGCGUGAGCUCAUUGGUUGUCGAUGAGAUCAAGCAGAUGAUCAAGGACAGUGAAAUCAUGAAAGAGGAUGAUACCAAAUGGCCGCAGAAGAACAAAGAUGGUCGUCAAGAACUCGAAAUUCGUAUGGGAAGCUCACACAUCUCUUUCGAAACCGCAAAAAUCGGCUCGAUAGUCGACGUGGAUGAGUCUGAGGAUCCCGAUGGCAUGCGAGUUUUCUAUUACAUGGUACAAGAUCUGAAAGCUCUUGUGUUCUCACUCACGUCGUUGCACUUCAAGAUUAAACCAAUCUAA